AUGACUGCUGGAGACAAAAUAUGUGCUUCUCAUAGCAGCCAUUAUCGCCAACUGAUGUCGAAACAACAAUCUGAGUCAGAAUCUUCCACGUAUUCCUAUCAAUUUUCGGCGACUAAAAAAAACUCCAAGUUGGCGAUGAGCGGCGCGAAUGACCUCUUCGGCACUGCGUAUCGUCUCAGUGUCCUGAGUCCCAGAAGUAGUUCGCAAACUCGAGUGCGGUUUUCUCCAGAGCCACAAACAUCUUUAGCUGUUCGUCCAUACGAAACAUACAGCAGCAUGAGUUCUACGUCAGCUGCUCUACCUCGCAUCUACGAACCCUACACCGACUCCACCUCAUCGUCGACUCUAGUUCAGGAGUCAGCUUCAACCAUUCGCGACCGCAGCAGGUCGCCGACUCGAGUGCGUUUCUCUGACGAAUUGAAAGCAUCGUACAGCGAGGCACCUUUGAGGCGUUCGAACCUCACAAACCCUCCAAAAAUCCAGCAACUCUACAUGAGCGCUAUAUUUACGCAGGAUGUAGAAGAUACACAAUGGUCAACAGUUAGCACCACACCGAAGAUAGAGACAUCGUUGAAAGUUGGUGGAGUUGAUUGGGUUUUCAAGGUACAAAAACGCGCAAUUGAAGGAGCCCCUCAUGUUGGAUUCACAUUGGUCUGCGGCACGAAACUGAAAUCUGCACUUUGGCGAAUUUCCGCGAAUGUUAAGCUGAUCCUAAAGAAGAAGAACGGCCAUGAAAAGAUUGUGGAACGCAACUAUCCCAACAACGAGUACACUUUCGCCUCAAAAACGUUGGCUGACAUGAUUCCAUGGGAGGAGAUUGACACGACAUUAGCAUGCAACAAUAAAGAGGACUCGAAAUCACCAGUGACUCUAACUUUCGAGCUGCACAUCGACAUCAUCAAGAGUUAUGGAUUUAGACGAAGGGCCCGCUACGAAUAUUCGUUCUUUGAACCAUCCUUCGAAACGGAUAUGGUUCUUGUAGUGGAAAACAAAGAACUUUUUGUAAAUGCUACGUAUCUUGCAAUGUUUUCGCCUUUCUUCCACUCACUACUUUUAUCCAAGAAUCAGUCACUUUACGGAGAAAUCCAGACAGAAACUAUCAGUGACGUGAGUUUGGAGGAUUUCUUGGAGCUUUUACACGUUGUCUAUCCGUCAGAGAGGCCAGUGACUGUGGAAAAUGUUGAACUCCUCCUGAAGCUUGGAGAUCGCUACAACUUCGAGAGUGUUCUGGUGAAAUGCGAGAACUUUCUCAUUACUCCAAAAGCUGAUGAAAUUGAUGUCUUCACUCGCCUUGAAUGGGCCAGCAAAUAUGCUAUGGCUGAUCUCCAGGAUCAUUGCGUAUCGAAGCUCACAAAUGCGCAAGCAGUUGGAGCGGUAAAGAAGACUUUGCUGUACGGCUCAUUGUCGCAUGAGACAAGAAAGUUAUUAUUGGAACUGAUGCUUAAAUUCAGUAAUCUGUGA